AUGGGUCUGAAAGGCUUCGUCGAGGGAGGUAUUGCUUCAGUAGUAGCAGGCUGUUCGACCCAUCCUCUGGACCUUAUCAAGGUCAGAAUGCAGCUUCAGGGUGAAAACCAUGUUCCCAACCCGAACACACAAGUUCUGCGUCCAGCCUUUGCUUUCAACGGCGCAACAAUGGCUCAAGAAACCCUUCACAUUCCUGCACCAGCACCACCUAGAAUUUUUCAAUCCGAAGGUGCUUCUGCCUUGUUCUCCGGUGUCUCUGCCACCGUGCUCCGCCAGACAUUGUACUCCACCACCAGAAUGGGCUUGUAUGAGGUGUUUAAGCAGAAAUGGUCCGACCCGGAUUCGGGUAAAUUCCCAGUCUGCCGUAAAAUAGCCGCCGGAUUGCUCGCCGGAGGCAUAGGCGCGGCUGUUGGCAACCCUGCUGACGUGGCAAUGGUCCGAAUUCAAGCCGAUGGUCGGCUUCCAAUUUCUCAGCGCCGCAACUACAAGGGAGUGGUUGAUGCAAUUACACAAAUGUCCAAGCAGGAGGGGAUCACUAGCCUGUGGCGCAGUUCAUCCCUUACGGUGAACCGUGCUAUGAUCGUCACGGCAUCACAGUUUGCAUCGUACGAUCAGAUCAAGGAAGCGAGAUUGGACCAUGGUGUGACGAACGAUGGUCUCGGGACCCACGUGACUGCAAGCUUUGCCGCAGGUUUUGUGGCUGCGGUGGCAUCGAACCCAAUUGCUGUGAUCAAAACCCGAGUGAUGAACAUGAAGGUGGAGGCAGGGAUGGCUCCCCCAUAUAGAGGGGCACUUGAUUGUGCCCUUAAGACGGUGAGAGCUGAGGGACCCAUGUCACUUUACAAGGGGUUUAUUCCAACAAUUUCUAGGCAGGGUCCGUUCACUGUUAUUCUGUUUGUGACCCUCGAACAAGUUAGGAAGAUUUUGAAGGAAUUUGAAGUAAGUGAGGGUUUGAAAUGAUAAUGACGACAAGGAAUUAGUAUAGAGAUUAUGUUUGUUUAUUGGAUUAUUGAUGUUGAGGACUUUUUGCUAAGGUAUUGUUGUGCCAUGACAAAUUAAGCUGAUAUAAGAUGAGAAAUAUUUCAAAUUUAAAAAAUAUCAUGCAAAUAUGUGUGAAUUAUCUUUGAUUUUUAGCAACAAUGCAAUGUUGCACCUCAAUCCCACAUGUAUAAAAGACAUAAACCUGGUAUUUAUACU